AUGACAAAGCAGGCAAGUGACAAUGAUCCUAGUUCUGGAAUAAUUCGACGUAAAAGAGGAAGGCCUAAAAAGCAACAGUCAAUACAAGCACCUACAGCAAGCGUAGGAAAGAAAAGAGGAAGACCUCCAAAAGCACUGAUUGAAAAAAGAGAAAGACCUCUUAAAGCACUGAUUGAAAAAAGAGAAAGACCUCUUAAAACACUGAUUGAGAAAAAAGAACAAGUAAAUGAAUCAACCCCUCCUCGGAAAAGAGGUCGACCUCGCAAACACGCUCCAAAGGAAAUAAAAGCACCUGUUAUCAGAGUGGCCACUAGAGGUAGACCAAGAAAGAAACCUAAGACGCAAAUAAAUGAAAAGAAGCCUAAAGCGCAAACGGACAAAAAGAAGUCUAAAGUGCAAACAGAUAAAAAGAAGCAAAAGGCUACAGUUAACUUUGAUGAAAGCCACCCAAAAGUAGGCUCUAAGAGAGGCAGACCAAGAAAGACCCCUAAAAAAGAGACUAAAGAAGAAGCUAAAGAACCUAUUUCGAUACGGUCCAGACGAGAGCACCCAUUCCAGACUUCUAGCACAAAGAAAAAUACCCAGAUUGGUUCGAAGAAACGAGGCAGGCCACGAAAGACACCACUGGAAAACGAUAAGGUUCAGGCAAAGAAGAAAGGAAGACCACCUAAAGCAUUUGCUUCUGAAGAAAGUCAAGCUGUAAAUCGUAAGAGAGGAAGGCCGCGCAAAGAUGCUGCAAAGCCAAAUAAAUCACCAAAAGCAACAAAGAGCGAAGAGGAUGAUGAUAGCAGUAGUAUAGCAGACUUUAGUGAACUCUUGAGUGAUGAGGAUGAUCAAGAAGAAGAACCUGAACCUAAUGAAGACUAUCAUUUCUCACAUAGCCCUGGCAAGGCGCAUCAUAAAAGGAUAAAAUUAUUCAAGAAGUACAGAGAACAAAGUGACAUAGAUUAUGACAUUAAAACAAGAAAAGGCAAACGAAUGUGA